UCAACGGAUAAAUGUAUCUUCUCAUUACAAGACUUGGCACUACGCUCGUUAUUCAGGAGAUCAGCAAUCUACGCCUAACUUGUCCUCAACUUGCAAAUCACUCUCUUCAACAUUCAGACUACAUCACACUCUCCAACUAAUGCCCCCUGUACAACUCAAAACUGGGACUUGCGCACGGUGUCGAUCGAAGAAGACCCGCUGUGACGGGAAUGAGCCGUGCAACAAAUGCUCCGCCGCGAAUUCGACAUGUAACUAUCCCGAUGGUGCGAAGGAGGGUCGUUUUGGGAUGGAGUUAAAGAAGGGUGCUGCAUGUAUCCCUUGUCGGCGAGUACUCUUACGAUCGCAGGUGGCAACGGCGACUUACUCUCCAUUUCAGAAAGAAGAAAAAGGUGAGUAUGUGUGUGGUCUGUUCGCAGCCCUCACCUCUCGCUGAACUUUCGUGCAUCAGCGCUGCGACGGAAUGCUGCCCUGCCGAACCUGCAUUGCAGGCCGGCAUACCAUUCCCUGCACAUACGCAGACAAUGUUGAGCCUCUUCGCCGUCCAUCUCCCGGAAGACUAGAAACCCCCAACGCCUCGCCUCUACUGGAUAUCUCCUCGGCGAGCAGCGCCUCCUCGUCCACUCUAUCCGAUACUUCACCUUCUAGUGUGGAUGAGCAUUUCCGCUUCAUUAAUUCUCGUGGAUUUUCCCCCAGUCCCUUCGUCGAUGCCGAAUUGCCUGACUACAUCACCUUCUCUGAUUUGUCUCAGGCGCGAGAACUGUUCGUAGACUUCGCGGAGGAUCGAGACUUGGUCGGUCAAUUCCAGAAUAUGCGCAAGAAUGAUCCUCCAAAACCUGACACUCCGACAUUCGAUCUCAUCUUCGAGUCAGAGGUGCAGGGGCAAGUCUACUCGUUACCCGAGACUCCAAAAGACAAGGAGGAUGAAUUGGUGACGAUUCGCAAGCUGUUCUUGAAUCAUCGUUGUCAAUUUGGGCUGAGCGUGCCCCAAUCGGCACUGGAAGCGCUGAAGCAUGGGAAACCGCUCGACGAAGAACACAUGCAUCCUGUCCUCCUCCACGCCUGUCAGCUACUCGGCUAUAUGCUCGCUCGGCACUUACAACAUGGGACUUGGGUCCCAUUACCCGGCCAGAGCGACCGCGAAGCGGAGCAGAUUCAGCUUUGCCUUGGUGCAAUGAAAGAUGCUUCGACGGUGUCGUAUUUGCAGACACUUGGGCUCAUGUCGAGCUACUUCUUCAACAAGGGCGAUCUCGUGCGAGCACGAGACAUGAUUGAGAACGCGUACAGGCAUUUGCAGGAAACUGGAUGGAUGGAGACACUAUCGGGCCCAGAUUCUGAAAAGGAACCAGAGCCCGCAGAGCCCAGUUGGGGCUUUUCAGCCGGACCGAAGACCAAGGCAGAUCAGGCCGAAGCCGCGAUUGCUCAAAUCGUGUAUCUGGAUCUGGUGCACAUGCUCAUCCUGAAACUUCCUUCGUUGCUUUGCGAGAGUGCUCGAGACCGACUAAGGGACCAAAUGGACCGACCACGUUCAAACGCCGAGGUCAAUUUCCUUCGCGCCAAAAGUGCACUGCUUCUCUGGGAUGCGCAGCAACUGGCUAAAGAAUACCCCGGGAAAAGCUCACCCGAAGCAUUGUUCACUGGUUGGCACGAACAACUGUGGAAAUUGAUGGAAUCCAUCGCCGUGCAUCGGAGCUUCCUUUCGUUGACGCUGAACAAGGGUUCUUUCUGUCCGAAGUUGCGCUUCAUCAUGCUGAGCAUCAAAGUCUGCAUGAUUCUGACGAUGACGGCCCGAAUCACACUGACCGAAGUGUUCGAAGUAUCCAACAAGGAGAUGUUCGCCUCGAGAAUCGAUGCAUGCUUAGAAAUCAUGAGCAUCACCAAUGACUUGAGUCCGGAGGAUUGCGAAUAUCUCGAUCCCGUUCUUUCCGUUUGUUGGACCGCGCUAAUCAAACUCGUGGAUUCCUGCACACACCAGCCAACGCAUGUCAAGCAGACCAUGAUGCACGACCCUGCGGCCCUGGCGUCUGUAAUCCGGGAUCGCAACCAGACCUUGCAGAGACUGCUGCCAUUUACACUCACCUUGAGCGAUCCUCCGUCAGAUGCCUCUCAAUUGCCAUGAUGGACUGCGUUGAACCCCGCUCCUUGUCUUGCUUUUGUUUUGUUCUAGCAACGGACUUUAAAUAAUCGCUAUCAUCUCUGUACCUUAAUACUAUUGCAAUUCAUUCGUUUCUCUCUCGUCCUGAUACAGCUCAAUUGCAUGCGAGCAGCUAGAUGUAUGGUUACUCACAAAUACUGGCCACAGGGCAUCCGUGCUCUCCCGACGCGGACAUAAGAACCUCGUCCGUUUCUCUCCCUGUUUCAAGGAUGCGAAAGCUUCAGGCAGUUGACGGCGUGCCGUAUCCCGCAUCAUUGGAAGAGGGUCAACUCCUGGCAUUGGAUCGGGCACAGUGAAUGCGUCUGUGAAGUUCUGCACCGCGGAUGAGACAAAGUAUGUGGCACAGGAAAGACAGGUCUGACAGUAACAAAACCUUUCCAAGCACCGGCCACUCGCUUUGACAUGUUUCUACUCGCUUUCGAUGACAUCGAUGGAGACGCCGACUGCUCGGCCUCAGACUCAGCCGGUUUUUCGUCCAUGGAGGGAUUGAAGCUAGUGAUGGAAGAAUGCUGCGAGCUGACGGAAGAUGUUGAUUGGCCAGAGCAGAAAGAGGAAACAGACGUGCGGCGAGAAGGAGACGAGGCAGGGAAGCUUGUUUUUGUGGAGAAGAAAAGUGCUGGGUCUUCCACCUCAUAUCGAAUCAUCCUAUUGGCGUCACAAUGUCGUCCUGGCUUCUCCCCUCUACGUCUGCUGCUGGCAGGCUGCUCGCCGCACGCGGACUGACUCCUCCAGCUAUGUUCUCCGCACUGGCACUCUCCGUCGUCGACACCCUCUCCCUCCUGAAGCUCAGCCCACGAGAAUCUCCGCAGAUCUAAUGAGUCCCGGAUCACACGGCGUUUCCAGCCGUCUACCCGCUGUUGGUGGGUAGCUUUCAAGUAGGCUGAGUGUAUACAUUGAGAAGCAUCAUAGUCUGUUUGCUUGAGGACCGGAAUGAUGAUGCCGGUGGCAAGGAAGACGUUCGGAGCGGGGGGAUAGAAUUCAUGAUACUUUUGCUUAGGCUUGAAAGAGAACUUCGAGGAGGAGGAGGCCUGGACUCCAGGCAUGAUAGUCGUCAACGAGAGAAGAGGGAGCCCCAGUACAGCGUAUGCCCUGCAUUCUCAGUGUCCGAGACAUGUAGGCGGAUCAGCGAGAUGGGGCCAGUACAUAAGUUAAUUGAAACCGUCAAGAGAUUCAGAUUGUCCGUCACGUUAUCGUUGAUUACGUGAUUAUGUCGUCUGCGGUACCUUAAAGUUCUGCCCCGGACUUCCUUGGCCUGUAGAUUUCCUACUCAAUGCUGCCAAACAGGUCAAAGGACAUUCAAUUAUAGCUAUCGCCUGGCAUAUGUACAUGUGUGACCAGCAGUCAGUCAAUCAAAUCCCAAUCUUACCAGAUGCGUCCUUGUCCACUCCCAUCCAACGUCGCCAUGCAAGUCGAACACCGCGUUUCCACACCGUCUUGGAUCACCAGCUACUUCACCUCCCAGAAACAGCAGAAGAUUGUGCAUGAAGCUUUGAGGAAACGGGAACGUGCUCGCCAGGCCAUUCGCAGUUACCAUUUGGAAGGACUCCAAAAUCCACCUAAAGACGUUCCUCGGCCCAUCUUUGACUUCUAUUCGAUCGCACAAGGGACUCAUCCUGAUCAUGAACGGAAGAACCGUUAUUGUGAUAUCGUUCCAUACGACAGGACGCGCGUUCUUGACCCAAGGGACUCUCAGCGAUACUUGAAUGCGUCAUGGGUACUUGAAAGAUUCGGUCACAAAUGGUGGAUCGCAGCCCAAGCCCCUUUACCGCAGACAUUCCACGCGUUCUUGUCCUUGCUCCAAUAUCCAUCGACCCUCCCCUCACGGACGACGGAUGGACCGAGAAGUACACGAAUACGGACAAUUGCUCAGCUCACACCGUUCAUCGAGGGCGAUCGAAGAAAGGCGCACGAAUAUCUGCCAACCAGAGUCGGCCAGAGUCGCGUGCACUCACCGGAGGCAGGAAAUCAAAGCCCUGCGUUGAGUUUGAGAUUGCUCCAGGUUGAGCAGAUUGAAGAAGCGUGCUGCAUCAAAUCCACUGUUUCCAUGUUUCCUGAAGGCGACGAAAGCAAGACAGUCAUCUUCCAUCAUCUAUUUUACACAGCGUGGCCCGAUCAUGGCGUCCCCGAAGGGAAAGACGAAGAAGGUCUAAUGGCUUUCCUUCGUCUGGUGGAUAGUUCGAAUAGAAACGAUUCGGACGACCCUGAUCCACCGAUUGUGGUCGGAUGCAGUGCAGGUGUUGGCCGGACCGGAACUUUCAUUGCUCUCUCCUCAAUUCUCCGUUCCUAUGACUUUCUCCCCAAACCCAGCUUCCCUGACGAGUUGUCGGCUGACUCGCCACUGGGUCCCUUGCCAUCCGCUCUUGACAGCGACGUCGUUGCCCAGGAAGUCGAUUCCUUGCGCGAGCAGAGGACCACGAUGGUCCAACAAGACUCGCAACUGCAGAUCAUAUAUGCUCUUCUCCGUACUGCCUUUCGUGUUUGAAACUGAUGCGAGUCGUGUAUGCAUGUCCUUAGUGGAAUAUUAUCAGUCCGAUCUGAAAGUGGAGUGUCUGGAUGCCCUCCAGGCCAGCCCUUAUCACACACAUCCUCGAGAAAUCGCGCAAUUAGAAUGACAAGCGCACGCAAGAUGAUAGCGAAGUCGUCCCCGGUCAGACCGCAUACAAGAGAGUGAAACUGCUUUAUAAGGAGAUGAUUUCCCUAUGUCACUUCUUACCUUGUUCCGCAACCUCCAUCAUCUGCCGCGGCGAGCUCGCUCUCCACCAGGACCUUUAAGCGCCCUCAAGUUCUUUGCCACGAAGAUGUCCGUCCCUGCAACUAAACAGGCCAUCGCUUUCAAUCAGCCUGGCGAUUUCGAUGUACUGGAGAAAUUGACUAUUCCGUUGAAAGUCUCUCCCGGCGAAAUCGUCGUCAAGAACGAGUACCUUGGAAUCAACUUCAUCGAUACUGUGAGAACACAAGUCUGUCGGGAAUCGCUAACGUUGAAUGUCCUUUCCAGUAUCUGCGAAAAGGACUGUACCCUUCGAAGGAGUUCCCGGCUGUGAUUGGAACGGAGGCAGCCGGCGUUGUCGUCCAGCUUCCAACAGAUCCUGCUGUUCUCGAGGAUCCCGAUUUCAAGAAGCGGGGCUUCACCGUUGGCUCGAAGGUUGCUGUGGGUUGUGGCACCUUUGGCAUGCACGCCGACUAUGUCUCGCUGCCUUGGAAAUAUGCGAGUGUGCUGCCCGAGGGCGUCUCGACGAGCAUGGGAGCAGCGGCCUUACUGCAGGGCCUCACUGCACUCACUUUCGUCACGGAAUCUCACAACGUUCAGAAAGGAGAGACGAUCUUCGUGCAUACGGUUGCUGGGGGGCUCGGCCUGAUCUUUGCCCAGUUGGCCAAGGCCCGCGGUGCCACUGUCAUCGGAACGACCUCGACACCCGAGAAAGCGGCAUUGGCCAAAGCGCAUGGGGCUGACCACGUGAUACUUUACAAGACGGAAGACACCGUUGCACGCGUCAUGGAGCUCACCAAUGGAGUGGGCGUCGACGCCGUCUUCGAUGGCGUGGGGAAAGACACGUUCGACAACAAUUUCAAAUUGUUGAAGCGCAAGGGAACGAUGGUGUGCGUCGGUAAUGCUUCUGGACCCGUUGCUCCUUUUGCUCCUCUUCGAUUGGUGGAGAAGAACCUGAAGAUUCUCCGUCCGACAGUGGCCAACUACUGCUUCACUCCCGAGGAGAUAUACAAAUACAGAACCGAGCUGUUCUCUCUGGUUGCGUCAGGCGCGUUGAAAAUCAAUAUCCACAAAGAAUACGCUUUCACGCGAGACGCUGCGAUCGAGGCACAGCAGGACUUGACUAGCGGCAAGACCACCGGGAAAUUGCUGAUCAAGGUGGAAUGAAAAAAUAAAAGGGAAACUGUGUAGUUUUGUACUGUACAUUCGAGACAUACGGGAUAUAUGAACCCGAGAUGGCGCCGCUGAUUUUGAUACGGCCGCCAAUCACAGCCACACUCCGCUCUCUUGACCGUGACGCACUCCGAGUAGUCUACUCGACACUCGCGAUCGUCGUAUAUCCCUCCUUCGAUACCUUUGACCAGCCUUGCAGUGGACUCUUAGCUGAUGGACGACAAAGAAAAUCUCAAAACAUCACCGUCACGGCGGCCGCUUCCAACGCCUGGCACUACGCAGGCGCGCGCGCAGCCGUCGAUCGCAGCAGACGAAUCUUCCAGCACUUCUGCUGCGCCGCAACCUACUCAAGCUCACCAAGCCGCGAUUACGACCUCCUCGUCGACGGAGAUGGAGUCAGCAUCCUCCGACACAUCGAUCACUGAACCACCAGCUCCUUCAGAGAGAACGGAUUCGACGGUCAUUCCGGCCUCGAGCUUCUAUGCUUCAAAGACUGGCUCCACAGUCUCGUCAUCCCGGCCGCAGAAUCUAGGCUCGAAUCGCACAGUGGUGUACGAGCGGCCCAGCAGUGCAGCCUCCACCACGGCACACUGGGGGGGAGCAGAGUCGUCGUGGACGUCAGGAGCAUCAUGGGCGGACCCUCUACCAUCUUACGGCGCGUCUGUUUCGAAAGUAUCAAGGCCUGCAAGUCAUAUGGACUUGGACGAUGACAUCCCUCCGUUGGUGCCGGUCGAGGAUACAAUGCAUACAGAUUACAAUGAAAAUGUGGCCUUCGAUGCAUCGGCAUGGUCAACCGGGCCGUCUUGGAGUGCUGCGGAUUACACGUCGCUGGUUCCGAUCGAUGGUCGGGAGAUGAGUGAGGAGGAUGACUGGUGGGAUACGAAGCGGAAGAUCGAGGGACGACCUGGCCCUGGUAUCUUGCCUCCCGUUCUUGCGGACAGCCUCCACAAUCCGGAUCACACACUGUGGUCUGUCUCUCACACUGAGCCUGCACUAGCCCCUGCUGCGGGUGCUACAUCGAAUGCACCUACGUUUGACGAAGUCAGAGCAUCAAAGCCGCACCCAGAUGCGCUUUACUGUCCCAAAGACCACGGUUGGGUCAUCAUUCAAUGGGGCGAGUCAGACACACUCCCUAGGCUGGCGCCAUCGUUUGAAGCGUCAAAACACCAUCCAUUACCCCGACGACCCUCACAGCGAAGUCCGGACAAUUGUGUCGAUCCGUCGGCUGCCAAUGUAACGCAUCAUAUCCAUCGAUACGAAAAGGCUGUUGACGCGCGGCUGCUCAAUGUUCCUUAUCAUCCUGACCGAUGGGCGGCAACGACAUUCGGGGAUGAUGCCAUGGACGUGGACGACGACGAAGGGUCCUUGUUCGACUUGUAUGUGUGUUGCCAAUGUACAUUUUAUCUCGUUCGCUCUCCGGUCAUCCCCGCGGUCAUUCCUAGAUCCCUCUUCGACAAGUUCGUGGACGAGAAGGUGGCGAACCCACCGCCUGGCAGGUCCUCGGAGCGAGCUACCGCGAUGGGGAUGGAAACAUUGUUGAUGGCCAUUGAAAAUAACCUGUGGAAGGGAGAAAUGCGCAUGUUGCGGGUUGAACGAGAAGGUUUCAGGAAGAAAAUGGGCUGGAGCCCUGUCAUCAAACAAGUUUUCGAGUUGUUGGGAUUUCGCACUGAUUCAGUUGACGGAGAACUGUGCCUGCAACCUCCGAUCACAAACCCGGACACACCGCAGGGCAAGCACAACCGCGCGCGUUUCCUUCGCGCCUGGACGGAGAUCGCGGCCUGGACAGCAGACUACGAAAGAAUACAUCCUGCACUCUACCAACAUGAGCAUAAGGGAUACCGUCUCUGGGUGUCUCUCAAGCAUGAGAGGGAGAAUUACCAGAAGGCCACCGGGUCGCAUCCCGAUCAAAUCCCGCGCAACGAUUACAGCAGUGAGAUCCGAAGCGAACUGGAGAAGAAGUUCCAGGACUGGAGAGUCCUGGGACUGACACCCAUCACCUUCUCUGACGAGCUGUUAACAUUCGCCUACUUGGCACAAUGCCGAUGCGAUCCUCGAAACACCAUCCAGUACUACACAAAACUUCGCUCGAUCGCCAUGACAUUAGCGGCCGUCGUCCCUGAUGUUCCUCUGGUUACUCAAUUGCUGCACAACGAAUCGGAGCGUGGUCGAUUCACGUACGAGGACAUUCAAGCUGCGGCACAAAUCCUGGGCUUCGGCGCUGAGGGGUCUCUCAGGGUGGAAUACGAGACGGAUGUUCCUGACGAGUUUGUCGAGAAUGCAUGGAAGGAGUGUAUCAAGCGAUCUUGGCGAGAUUCGGCCGACGGAACGGUGCUGCAGAGCGAGGCAACCAAAGCACUGAAAAUCUUAGCACAAUCACGUGCAAGUCACACGUUGAUGCGCGUGUGGGAGCAGGGUAAAAACGGUGUGAUGAGCCCCGAGAAGGCAUAUCUCACGAUCGAAGUCCCGGAGACGACAGACGAUGAUAUGCUCAUCACAAUCUACAACAUGAGGAUCGAAGACGCUCCUCUGCAGAUGGACAAGAUGCGAGAGGCUUUGACAGUCAUUGCCGAAGUGCGCGACAGUGAGCGGCUACGCAAACUUUUGAACACAGGCACAGAUCCUGGUUUCAUUGCUCCUCAGACAAGACCCGAUCUUCCUCGCGGCCUCAAUCAACUGGGAAACACCUGCUAUCUUAAUUCACUACUCCAAUACUUCUACACUAUCAAAGACUUGCGCAACGCCGUGGCGCUAAUGAAGGAAUCCGGUGUCAAAGCCGCCGAGGAGGAUAAACUCACUGAUGAUGAUCUGAAGCGGCACCGAGUAGGAGGCCGAUUGGUUACUAGGAGGGAAAUAGUCCGGUCUAAGAAAUUCAUAUCCCUCUUGGCAUCUUUGUUCUUCGAUCUCGAAUAUGCAGAACACCCUGCUGUCACUCCAGCCCUCGAGCUGGCCAAGCUGGCUCUGGUGACGUCCAAGGACGAAGAAGAGGACGAAGACAAGGGGGGCACCGACUCCUCAAACGACACAGAUGCUACCCUGGUCGAGGAUGGUCCUGCCCGCGCGACCAAUCCAGAUUCCAUGGAUGUCGAUCCUCCAAGAACAACAUCGCCUGUGCAAGGCGAAGCCGGUUCUUCCAAGAAGCCACCGCCGUUGCCCCCUCGGAAGCCAACCGAGUCUAGCUCGACGAUGAUGUUCGGCAAACAGCACGAUGUUGCCGAGUGCAUGGACAACUGCAUGUUCCAGAUCGAGACAGCUUUGCUCAGAUUUGAUGGCAUGCAGGAUGACAAGACGAGUGUUGUCAAACGACUGUUCUACGGGAAGAUCCGGCAGCGCAUCUAUUCAGAGGCCGCGCGAUCAUCUGUGCAUGAGAAAGAGGAUCUCUUCUCCCAUCUUCCGGUCAACGUCAACGAUGAAGGAGUGGACAUCUACGAUGGCUUGAGCACCUACUUCGAUGAUGUUGUCGAGUUCGAGGGAAAUAAGGCGCGAAUGGAAGUCACAUUGGUGGAGACCCCUCCGUUGUUACAGAUCCAGUUGCAGAGAGUCCAAUUCAAUCGAGAGACGCUGCAGCCAUUCAAGUCUCAGGCCUACGUCAAAUUCGGAGAGACCAUCUACAUGGAUCGCUUCCUGGACAGUGCCGAUCCCCAGAAGAAGUCUCGCGGGAAAGCGAUCCAGGCUGAGCUGAACAAGAGCAGAGAGCGCGUUCGUGAAUUGCAAACCAGCAAGAACAAGCACACAUUCAGCUCAAAGCUGGACAAAGCGACCCGUUACUUGGCUUUGGUUCAAAGCGUGACGUCUCUGGAACAAGAUGUCUUGGAAUCCAUGAAGCAAGACCAGGCACGCAUCGGCGAAGAGAUCGAGGAGGAAAGGGCUCGUGCUCGCCAGCUCAAGGAAGAACUGGAGGCCCUCUGGCAGGACUCCACUGAUGCACCAUACGAAUUGACCUCUGUCUUCAUCCAUCGCGGGUCCUCACCUUCAUUCGGCCAUUAUUUCUUCUAUUCCCGCCAUUUGCCAGAAGCCCCGGAUGCUUGGUUCAAGUACAACGAUUCGGAUGUCUCAGAUGUUGCGAAGAGCGAGGUUUUGGCCGACACCACGGGCUCUACUGCCAAUCCCUACUUGCUUGUGUUCGCUCGGAAAGGCUCUGAAAUCGUUGAUACUGUCAACCGAGUCGAGGUGGUCGCUGAUCUAUAGCCUAAAUAUUCCACAUUGUAUCGUUACCCUCGGCAUUAUUUAACUGUAUCGUUGCUCUCUUGUACUCGUCAAAUGGUGCGUAGCGGAUUGGGCUGGGAACAAGGUCGGAAACAAAGCCUAAACACCACAGCUGGGAUGUACUCACCAGAUAAGCCAGCCGCUCAGUCCGUCUUGGUCUCCUUCGUCUUGCUGUCUUGCUGGGCGGCGAACUCUCCCUCCAAGGAUUCCAACAGCGAGUCCAGAUUCCCGAUGAGAGAGUCUAGUUUGCUCUCCACGCCUUUUGCUACACCGUUCGCACUUUCAAGGCGCGAAAGCAACUCCGCCAAGUUCGCCUCCCCUGCUUCGUCCAACGUCCCUUUGGAGAGGAGAUCGGUCAGCUCGGCGAGAUCGGCUUCGAUGGACGCGUCCAGCCGAGGUUCAGUGGAGCCAUCUGAGGCAGUUUUGAUUUCUGAAGAGUCGUUCACUUUGUCUGGAGAUCCAUCUGCGCUCGCGGACAUGAGAGAGGCAAGUAAGCGAAAGCGUGAUGAGUGCCCGUGAUCGGUGAUCCCCAUGUGAUGCGCUCCAACUUGGCCUGUAAUUGAACUGAUCAAAGGGGGAUACUUACGGCCAUGUCAACUUCCCUCAGAUCACGGCUGGCCACCCUCCUAGACGCAUUGCCUGUGGCGGAAUCGAAGCCAUGGGACCAAGGCACGAUAAAGGAGCUCGUGGAAACUGCGCUUUCCGACCUCGGAACCACGUCGGCACCAGAGAACCGCAAGACCCAAUGGGAGAUCCUGCUCAGGCAGGAAUUCUUCAACCUCGCGAGGGAUGAGAGUCGAGCCUUGAAGGAUCCGAACACGCUUUACUAUGCGCGCCUGCGCCUUCUGCUCGAUGUCACUUUGGCCUUCGCCGAAGCAGAGGCGCUCGAGCAGCAAGUCCCGUUCGAAAUCUUGCGCGACAUGUUCGAGACGCACACGAUCCAGUCCUGCUCGCAUAUCUUCUCGUGGAUCGAAGAGCGCUCCGCCAGACUCACUGCAGGGAUGGCUCCACAAAAGGGCAAAUCCCUCAUCCUCUUGCGCACACUCAACGACCUUCUCCGACGACUCUCCAAGAUGGGCUCGACGACGAUCUUUUGUGGACGAAUAUUGACGUUCUUGAGUGGCGUGUUUCCGCUGGGAGAACGCAGCGGUGUCAAUCUACGAGGAGAGUACGGACCUACUUGGGAAGGCGUGCAUAUUCCGGUCAAACCUCCGACCCCAGCAGCGCCAGAACCAGAGCCCGGACAGGAUGUGGUCAUGACAGACAAGAAAGAGGAGGAGGACGGGAAGGAGAAAAUGGACGUCGAUGGCGCGAAGGCCGAAGACAAGAAUGCAGGUGUGGGAUCCAUUGCACUGUUAGAUUCUACUCAACGAGGCCUCAGUGUUCUACAACACGUUCUGGUCGCUCCAACUCCCAUUUUCCAACCCACACUUUUCUCUCAGCCGGGAACCAUUGAGAAGUUUCAGGAGGCAGUCAACAUUGUGCUUCCUGCUAUUAAGGAGGCCACUGCAAAGGAACGCGCCAUGAUGGGCAGCCGAGGGGGUGGCGCUGGAUCCUUGAAGCGCAAACGCGAAACUGAACCGGCAACGGAAAGCAGCGCUGUAACAGAAUACUUCUUUGCCAAAUUCCUGACUAGCCCGGAUCUCUUGGAGCUCGAGAUUGCCGACACUCAAUUCCGCCGACAAGUCCUCUUUCAACUUGCCGUGCUGCUCGCCCAUCUCCAGACAUUUACCAAGGCUGAGAAAGCCACCUGGGUCAACAUCCGCAAUCGCUCGUUGCACAUGGACUUUACAUUAGAGCCUCCUCAAGCGGAAUGGGCACAAGAGACGUUCAACAAAGUGAUGGAUGAGCUGAAGCAGACCGCGCCUAACGGUCGCGCUUUCGCGGAAACCACCAGCGCCAUUCUCGAGCGAGAGAAGAACUGGGUGAAGUGGAAGUGCGAUGUCUGUGCUGCGUUCGACAAAGAUCCGUGGUCGACCAUGAUCGGGGACCACAAGGUUGGACUCGAAGAAGCGACACGAGAAGUUCGAUUGAAGAUGCGGGAGCGACUAGAGGAGUUCCCUCAUGAAAUGGGUUCAGCUUCGUUGACGGAGAUCUGGCAGAUGGGGUAUAGAGGUCUUGAAGAUGUACAGAUGCCGUUCCGCCCUGGAGAUGUUUCGUCAUUUCUGCAAAAGAUCAAGCGAGAAGACGCCAGGAUUGAGAUGCGACAGAAGAGGUUGGACGCUGCCGCCGAGCACAAAGCUGCGAUGCAAGCUAAACUCAAGGCUGAACAAGAGGCCGCCGCCGCCGCCGUGAUAUCCCCGGAUGCAGCGGUAACAACAGAAGAUGUCUCCAUGAAUGAUGCAACGCCAGCUGCGACUGCGUCAGCUGUUGUCGCACCACCCAUACACCCAUCGCUGCCAGCCAAGCCGGGGACCCCGGCCCUGAGUGCCGCACCGGCCCUACCAGACCCGGUAGCACCUGCACCAGCCCCGGUCGUAAUACCCGUGGUAGCACCUGCACCAUCCACAGAUGAGAUGAUCAUCAAGUUUGAGGAGAACAAGCAACGGGAAGCCUGGCUGGCUCUACGAGCGGCCCGGGACCAGCAUCUGCAGCACUUUGGCAAGAUCGGCACAGGCGAUAUCGAACUUCUGGUCAAGGAGAUUGAGGCCGAGGCUGAAAACGCAGGAAUCCGACAACCGGAGACGAAUCUGAGGCAGCUGGGACAAAAGCACCUUCCCCGUCUGAUAAUGUCAGCGACGAGAAGGAUGAAAGUGGAAGCACAACAAAGACAGAUGAUGGAGAUGUUCCAAUGGGGUCGAAAGUCCUCGUUACGGGUGGAGCAGGCUACAUCGGUUCGCUUUGCUUCCGCAUUCGCUCUAGCGGAAGAAACUGACCAGUCCUUACUGGCAGGCUCGCACGUAAUCUACACACUCCAGAAAACGAGACGAUACAAGGUCAUCUCCAUCGACAACGGCCACAACUCGCACCCCAAUGCACUCGCACGCAUUUCCGCGCUCUCACGCAGCGAACUCCCGGAGAACACCUCGGAGCGGGACAUCGAGACAACGGAGAUCGAGAGCUACAGCUGUGAUCUCACGAGGAAGGAGGACAUUCGGGGGGUGUUUGAGAAGUAUGGCAAGGGCGGCAUAUGGGUUGUAGUGCACAUCGCUGCCUAUAAGCCGUCGGAGAGUCGACGGAGGUCCCACUCACGUAUUACGAGAACACGUCGCCGCUACGCUCUACUUGCUCCAGGUCAUGGCCGCGUUCGACUGCACGAUAGUGUACUCGUCCUCGCGACCGUCUACGGGAUCCCACCCGAGAUCCCGAUAUCCGAAACGACACGGCUGAAAGCCGACAGCCCGUAUGGGAGACGAAAGUCAUGUGCGAGACGAUCAUGGACGACUUGUGCCCGGUCAGUCAUCGGCUCCGACGUCCUCGUGCUCCCGCCACUGACCUCCCCGCUACAUCCGACUCGAAGGUGGUCUGCUAUCUCCCUGAGAUACUUCAAGUGCGUAGAUUAG